AUGGCUAGCUCGAGCAGGCCAAAGAGGCAGCGUAUCAAUGAUUGCAUUAAUGAUGAUGAAAUAGUUAACGAACUUUUUUGUGAUGAAUUGAGUGAUUUUAGUUAUUUGAGUGAAAUUGACGAUUCAGAUGCUGAUCGUGAUUAUUUUCCUUCUGAAUCAGAUAAUUCAGUAGCAGAUUCGACUAAUACAAAGAAUAAUCAGGAUUCCAAUAUUGAAAAUAAUCAUAAUGCAUUUGCUACAGUUUGGUUUGAUGUAUCAGGAACAUACCAAAAACCACUUAUCUUCAAUAAGACUCCGGGUUUCAAAAUUGAUAUUCCUGAUAAUUCCUCAGCUUUAAAUUAUUUCAAGUUAUUCUGUAGUACAGAUAUUUUUGAGCUUAUGGUAGUUGAAACUAAUCGUAACGCUGAACAGUUUCUUUCAAAGAGCAGGCUAACCAAGUCAAGUAGAUUCUCUAAAUGGUCACCAACAACUGUCGAUGAAAUUGAAAAGUUUAUGGGCUUACUCUUAUGGUUUGGUUUAGUUCAAAUGCCGAGUUUAAAGAGCUAUUGGAGUACCAAAAUUAGAUACAAAAAUAACGUUGCUCCUAAAAUAAUGUCCCGAAAUCGAUUUGAAUUACUCUUAAGAUUUUGGCGCUUUGCGGAUAACGAGGAAACCCCUGACAAUGAUCGUAUCUAUGAAGUUCAUGAUUUGCUAGAACGUGUUGUAAAAAAUUAUAAAAAUGUCAUGGAACCAGAUGAGUACUUAGCAAUAGAUGAGUCAAUGGUUCCAUUCCGUGGUCGUUUGAAAUUCAAACAAUACAUACCUGGGAAGGCUCAUAAAUAUGGAGUGAAACUAUUUAAAAUAUGUGACAAAAAUGGAUAUACAUAUGAUUUACAAGUAUAUGCUGGUAAGAACCAGGUAGAUGGUAAAAGUCUAGCAUUUAGAGUUGUAAUGGAGUUAAUUAGACCUUAUUUAAAUGUAGGACGCACUGUAGUUACAGAUAACUUUUAUACAUCCAUGCCACUGGCUCGUGAAUUAUUGAAGAACAACACACAUCUGGUAGGAACAUUGAGAACAAAUCAUGUGAAGUUACCUGAAGUGUUAAAAACAAAAUUGAAAAAUGGACAAAUAAUUGGAAAAGAAAGUACAGAUGGGGUGGUAGUGGCGAAAUGGCACGACAAACGAGAUGUUGCGAUGUUGUCUACCAAACACGGUAUUGAAAUUAUCGAUACAGGCAAAAAGAAUCGAAAUAAUGAACCGAUUUUAAAACCACAAAUAAUUAUAGACUACAACUCUGGAAAGACAGGGAUAGACUUAUCCGACCAAAUAUCAAGUUAUAGUUCUCCGAUACGUAAAUCAAUACGAUGGUACCAUAAAGUGGCCACUGAAAUUUUAUUAAGUACAUCGGUGGUCAAUGCUUUUAUUGUGUAUAAUAUGAAGAAACUUCCAAACGAAAAAAUUUCUAUUACAAAAUUUCGAGAAAUGUUAGUAGAUGAACUGUUAGAAUUAGAUCACUUAACCAACAUAUCUGAAGAGCCGUCAACUUCAAAUAAUAAACGUAAAAGAGUCAAACAUGUUUUUGAAGAAUCUGUAGAAAGGGACAACAGGAACAGGAAAAUUAGAAAAAGAUGCUUACACUGCUACUCACAUAAAACCACAGCUUUAGGUUCAAAAUCAGCUGCACUUGAAACCAAAAAGCUCUGCAUACCUCCGAAUUAUACAAUUUGCAUUAAAGUAUAUGCUGGUAAAGAAGCUGCACCUCAUGGAAGUGUUGGUACAAAUAUUGUGUUGGAACUAGCUGAACCUUUUUUAAAUUUUGGUAGAACUAUGAUCGUUGAUAACUGGUACCCAAGUAUAGAACUUGCAGAGCAACUUGGAGAACAAAACACAUACCUUAUUGGAACAUUAAGAAGUAACAGAAGAUCAAACCCAAAAGAAAUAGUUAAAAGGAAGUUAAAAAAAAGGUGA